CGCGCUCCUAUUGGCUGUCCACUAAGCGGCGAUGAUGAGAGAUGCGGCGCUUCUCCGUUUCUGCAUGAUCUUUAUAAAAUAAGGAAUAAGAGCGAGAAUAACUCCAUCAUGUCCAUGUCCACGUUUCAGAAGGUGACGGUGGUUUCGUGUAUGUGUGUGUGUGUCGCUCUGCUGCUCCCAAAACUCCUGUUAUCCGGAGCAGGAGGAGGAGGAGGAGGAGGAAGAAGAGAUCCAGCCAGUGCCGAGGGAGCUCGUUUACCUCCGAUGCUGCAGAGGAAGUCGGUGGUGUCGCCCCCCCGAGGUGCAGGAGGGAACAGCGCUCAUCACUCCGAGGCCAUCGCCAGGGCAAAGGGCAGCACAGCAGUAGCAGGAAAAUCCAACCUGGCAGGACAAAUUAUUCCUGUUUACGGAUUCGGAAUCCUGCUCUACAUCGUCUACAUUAUCUUCAAGAUCACAUCGAAAGGGAAAGUGAAUCAGUCUCAUGAGAGCAGAUUUCCCGCAGCGAGAUCAGAGAACAUGAAGAGAAAAAUCACGGAUUUUGAGUUGACGCAGCUGCAGGAUCGUUUAAAGGAGACGGAGGAGGUGAUGGAGAGAAUCGUAUCAAGAGCUCGAAACACACAGAGAGUGGAGCGUGUGAGUGUGGAUCAGGAGGAGAAGUUGCUGCUCCAGCUCAGAGAGAUCACUCGGGUGAUGCAGGAGGGACGAUUAGUGGACGGGUUUCCCUCGGAGCCGGAGUGCGAUCAGUUCACAGAUGAUCCUGAGGAGAUGCUGAAACACUGGAGUUCUCACUGCUGCCCUGUCCACCAUCAGACGGACGAGGAGACAGUGCGAGCAGACAGACAGACAGGCGACGAGGAGAUAGAGCGAGCAGACAGACAGACGGACGAGGAGGAGACAGAGCGAGCAGACAGACAGACGGACGAGGAGGAGACAGAGCGAGCAGACAGACAGAAGGGCGGCUGUGAGAGGAACGGAUGUAGCGAUGCAGGAGGUGAGGAAGAAGAAGAGAUUUGUAGAGAGAUGAUGGAGCAGUCUGAGGUCCAGAGCUGGAACACGUUACUGUCAGGAGGCCAUGUGAUCAGACGCAGGAGCGGGAGAGGAACUGCCCAAGGAACUGAGUCCUUUCACUGAUGACUCCAAACACGGCUCCUGAAAUUUUUAUUAUUAUUUCUACUCUUGGCAUGCUGCAGCACGUUCACCACACGUCUAAUUUCCGUUCAUGUUUGUUCUUGCAUGUUGAUGAUCUCUCUAUCUUGUCUUCCGAACUUGACUCACAGGGUACAAAUAAAACACCGAGUAAACGGGUCAAACGGUCAUGAAAAAUACCCGUAACUGAUUAUGACCUGCAUUAGAAAUUGUAUUAGAAAAAGGCAGCGCUUAAUUUAAACUUGAGCAACCAAUAAGAAUCGUUGAAUAUCAUUAGCAUAUUAUUCGCAUUACUCACCCUAUCUUACAAAUCAAUAAAUACUACUAAAAUUGUUCCGCUGAGUGAAUGAUCGACUGAACUGCUCCAGAGUCAGCAAAAAUGCCCGAGAUCUGCAGCCUUCAGUGUCUGAGAUCUGCUAUAACAUGCUUGUGUAGCUGUAUAAAGCAGAACACGUGUUUGUUGUGCUGCAACCCAAAUACAGGACAUCAUUUGACCAGCACACUCUCUAUAUACACUGCGACCCCUGGUGUUCAAACUGUGGAACUGCAUCAGUUGUGUCUUUCACAGCAUGCUGAUUUGCAGGACCUGAAUCAGACAUCGUUACACUGCUACAUGACAGAGGCACCAGCGUGCAGUUAAACACGUGACAGUGCUACAGAGGAAUGUUGGAAAUGUAUUUUAUUGAUCUGAUGUCAGUACAGAUAGAAAACAAACAGAAGUGUGGAUUUAACUUUAGGAUGAAUGUUGCAGCUCCUCGAACUCUCUUCAUCAGCGGGAUGUGAAGACAGAUAAUAAUUCAGAUCCUCAGUGUUCCAUCGGCUCAUCAGAGGGAGCUGGAGCAGCAUCAUCACCAGACUGGACAGGCUGGAACACACACACACACACACAGGAUAAUCAGGACAUUAUAUUCAGGGCAUAGAAAGGAGCACACAGUUAUUAAAUAUCAUUAUGAUGAAUAAUUCUAAAAUGAUGACUGACUCAGAAUCGCACAGUAUCAUCAUUCAGAUUUCUGACCUCCAGCAGUUUAUUACAGACAAAUACAAGUGUGUGUUUAUGACCUCCAGUCUGUGUGUGUGUCUGCUUACUACACACACACACCUCCUGUCCUUACUAUUCCCUACUCUGGAGAAAAAUGUACACUAUGAAGUACACUUCAGAUGGAAGGCUGAACACUGCUGUACUAGUUCAGUUUUAUUUUGCAUCUCUCUCACACACACACACACACGAUGAUAAACAGGAGAGUUCUCACCUUCCUCUGUGGUCUCUCCUCUAAUCCUUCGAGAAAUGGAGCCACAUCAUCAUCGUCGUAGAUGGUGAACUCCAGAUCUUUACCCACAAUCCCAAUGGACACGUUCUGAAACACACAAACACACACACACAGUGAGCAUAACUACAGCAUGUGUCUAAAUCAACAUUCGUCGUCAACAUUCAACAAUGCACAGGCGCUAUCAGGAACAUGUCUAUGCAGUGUGUGUGUGACCUUGAUAGUAAGGUCCUGUUCAGCAGGGAGAGUCUCUCUGAGAGCACACAGGCCAUGCUGCACCAGCUCAUUCAGGUUACCUGCCGAAAAACACAUCAGUAACACACAUACACACAGAUUCAGUUACUGACAGUUACCAUGGUUACACUGGUAUCACAUGUCUAGUGUGAUAAAACCACUAACCUCACUACAGGACAUACAUAAACCAUCUGUUACACUACAAAUAAGCCCCGCCUCUCUGCACUAAAAACAGUGAAGGGAAUGCGUGUGUGUGUGUAUAAAGAUACACUGUGUCUGCAUGUACAAGUGUGUGUGUGUUCUUACAGUUAGGGAAGCGCUCCAUGUGUCUCUCCUUAUGUGUGUGUAUUUGAUGUGUGUAUGUGUGUUUCUACAGUCAGGGAAGCGCUCCAUGUGUCUCUCCUUAUGUGUGUGUAUUUGAUGUGUGUAUGUGUGUUUCUACAGUCAGGGAAGCGCUCCAUGUGUCUCUCCUUAUGUGUGUGUAUUUGAUGUGUGUAUGUGUGUUUCUACAGUCAGGGAAGCGCUCCAUGUGUCUCUCCUUAUGUGUGUGUAUUUGAUGUGUGUAUGUGUGUUUCUACAGUCAGGGAAGCGCUCCAUGUGUCUCUCCUUAUGUGUGUGUAUUUGAUGUGUGUAUGUGUGUUUCUACAGUCAGGGAAGUGCUCCCUGUGUCUCUCCUUAUGUGUGUGUAUUUGAUGUGUUUGUGUUCCUACAGUCAGGAAAGUGCUCCCUGUGUCUCUCCUUGUGUGUGUAUGUGUUUGUGUUCCUACAGUCAGGAAAGUGCUCCAUGUGUCUCUCCUUAUGUGUGUGUAUUUGAUGUGUGUGUUCCUACAGUCAGGGAAGUGCUCCAUGUGUCUCUCCUUAUGUGUGUGUAUUUGAUGUGUGUGUUC